UCAAGUUAACUACAAUGUCUUCACCAAUAGGAACCAUCGUUUUCAGCACCAUUGGAAGAGCCCAAUAUGGUUUUGAUGUUUUCUACACAAACCUCAAGAACCACUCCAACCAUGAUCACUGCCUCACCGAUGGUAUAUCAAUAAACUUCAACGCCCAAUUCACUGAUGAUGAUCAAAAAACCAUUGUGUUUGUCUCUGAAAGAACUGGGUCACCACGUUUUUAUCUAAGCAAACUAGGAAAUGAACCUGAACUUCUACCUUCUCCUCUCAACGCUGUCUUCCUAGAUCGUCCAACCAUAAGAAACGGUAAACUCUAUUUCGUUUCAACGCAUGAACAGCCAAAUGAGCUUUUCAAAAGCUGGACAGCAGUUUAUUCGACUGCGAUCAACAGCGCCGGCACAAGCACUUUCACUAGGCUUACACCUUACGGUGUUGUUGAUUAUAGUCCAGCCGUUUCUCUCACCGGAAGUUUAAUCGCGGUUGCUUCCUACGGAACUCGUCGAUGGAACGGCGAAAUUAGAGAGCUUGAAACGGAGAUAGUAGUGUUUGAGGAAUCUGUCCCGGAGAACCGUGUUGUGGUGAGCGAACGCGGUGGUUGGCCGACGUGGUUGGGUGAUUCAACAUUGUUCUUCCACAAAAUCGCCGAAGACGGUUGGUGGAGCAUCUUUCGGAUUGACUUACCGGACACCAAUCUAAAUGGAUUUCCAGUUCCAUCGGUUCGCGUUACGCCGCCUGGUUUACAUUGUUUCACUCCCGUCGCAAUGCACGAUGGUAAUCACAUCGCUCUCGCAACUCGCCGGAGAGAAAGUGAUUUCCGUCACAUCGAGAUUUUCAAUCUCGAGACACAAACAUUCCAAAAAAUAACAGAAACAAUAAACCCUAAUUUUCACCACUAUAAUCCAUUUAUCUCCCGUGAUUCUUGUUACCUCGGUUACCACCGAUUCAGAGGCGAGUCAAGUCAAGGUGAGUCAACAUACCCACAUCUCGACCCUGUGAAGUCUCUGGAUCCUAACAUACAGUUACUUAGACUAAACGGUUCAUUUCCUAGCUUCUCACCGAAUGGUGAUUUCAUCGCGUUUAACCACGGUUUUGAUGUUAGAAACAAUAGUGGUGUCAAGAUAAUCAAAUCCAACGGUUCUAAACGCUGGAACUUAAUAAAGGGAAGAAUGUGUUUUGGUCACGCGUGGAGCGCAACUGAGAAGAACAUUAUAUACACAACUAUAGGUCCAAUUUUCCAAUUGGUUUCUAAAACGGUUCAAAUUGCACGUAUCGAGUUUGACUCGGUUCAUCUCACUAACGAUCAGGAAGAGAUUCCGUAUACGUUGAAGAUUCUCACAAAAGAUGAUAGUGGAAACAACGCGUUUCCAUCAUGUUCACCAGAUGGAAAAUUUGUCGUGUUUCGAUCUGGUAGGUCGGGGUUUAAAAACUUAUACAUAGUUGAUGCAGUUAAUGGAGAGUUUGAUGGUGGCUUAAGGAGAUUAACAGAAGGGGAAUGGAUUGAUACAAUGCCGUGUUGGUCACCAAAGGGUGAUUUGAUAGCAUUCUCAUCGAAUAGGCAUGAUGGUGGCAAUAGUCAGGCUUUUGGGAUUUAUGUGGUAAGGGUUGAUGGGAGUGGUUUGAGGAGAGUUGAGGUAGGGAAGGGUGUGGAUGGUGAAAGGGAGAUGUUGAAUCAUGUUCGUUUUAGUGGUGAUGGGGAGUGGUUGUUGUUUACCGGUAAUUUGGUUGGUCUGACGGCAGAGCCGGCGUCGAUACCAAAUCAGUAUCAACCAUAUGGAGAUUUGUUUGUGGUGAAAUUGGAUGGGAGUGGAUUGAGGAGGCUGACAUGUAAUGCGUAUGAAAAUGGAACACCGGCGUGGCAUUAUGGGGAUUUGUUGUUGUCUAAUGAUGAUGAUGAUGAUGAUGAUGAUGAUGAUGGUGAUGCUUGUGAUUGGGAUAAGUUGAAAGGUGCAUUUGAAGAAUCGCUAUGGAUUACGACGAGUGACAAUUGACUAUGAUACCAGUGUUUGAUCAUAAUGAAUGGUUGACAUAACCAAGUUGGUUAUGUACAAAAUCAUUUGAUGUUUGAGGAAUG